GCACGUUGAUCUUCCUUUUUCAGCUGGACUUACAAGGUACUAACAAGAGGACUUUCUUCCUCAGCCACUGACCUGAGUCGUCUUCACGAUGAAUUCCCAAAGAGAACUUACCGAAGAACUUCGACUUUAUCAAUCCACUCUUCUUCAGGAUGGCCUCCGGGAGCUGUUGGAAGAGAAGAAGUUUGUCGAUUGCUCCCUUAAAGCUGGGGAUAAAACUCUUCCCUGUCACAGACUGAUUUUGUCAGCUUGUAGUCCUUAUUUCCGUGAGUACUUCUUAUCUGAGGAGAGUGAGGAGAAAAAGAAAGAAGUAGUCCUAGAUAACGUUGAUCCUGUCAUCCUUGAUAUGAUUGUUAAGUACCUAUAUUCUGCAAGCAUUGACUUAAAUGAUUCUAACGUUCAAGAUAUUUUUGCCCUGGCAAGCCGUUUUCAGAUUCCUUCUGUUUUCACGGUAUGUGUUUCAUAUCUUCAGAAGAGGCUCGCUGUCGGCAACGCCUUGGCCAUCCUUAGAUUGGGUAUCCUCCUUGACUGCCCUCGACUAGCGCUGUCUGCCCGCGAUUUUGUGUCAGACCACUUUGUGAAGAUUUGCAAAGAAGAGGACUUCUUGCAGCUUGCCCCCCAUGAACUCAUCUCGGUUAUCUCACCAGAUAGCUUGAACGUCGAAAAGGAAGAAGUGGUUUUUGAGGCAGUAAUGAGAUGGGUCAAGAAAGAUAAAGAAAACCGUACAAAGACUCUUGGAGACGUGUUUGACUGUAUCCGCUUCCGGCUGAUGGAUGAGAAGUAUUUCAAGGAGCAUGUGGAAAAAGAGGAUACCCUCAAAAGCAAUCCAGAUAUUUCCAAAAAGAUCAAGGUUAUUAAAGAUGCCUUUGCUGGGAAGUUGCCCGAACCCGCCAAAAGUGCAGGAAAGUCAGCCAAAGGAGAGGUCAAUGGAGAUGUAGGGGAGGAAGAUUUACUUCCUGGUUAUCUAAAUGAUAUUCCAAGACAUGGAAUGUUUGUCAAAGACUUCAUUCUUCUAGUCAAUGAUACUGCUUCUGUGGCUUAUGAUCCUACGGAGAAUGAAUGCUAUCUGGUCGCAUUGUCAGAACAGAUUCCUAGAAAUCAUUCCAGCAUAGUCAAUAAACAAAAGCAGAUCUAUGUAGUGGGAGGACUGUAUGUUGACGAGGAGAACAAAGAACAGCCUUUCCAGUCAUACUUUUUCCAGUUGGAUAACAUCACUUACGAGUGGGCUGGCCUCCCUCCAUUGCCAUCAGCCCGAUGCUUGUUUGGACUGGGAGAAUCGGAGAACAAAAUCUACGUCAUUGCGGGCAAAGAUCUCCAAACUGAGGAGUCUCUGGAUUCGGUCUUAUGUUAUGACCCCACAUUGGUCAAAUGGAAUGAGGUCAAAAAGCUCCCCCUUAAAGUGUAUGGUCACGCUACAACUUCACAUAAUGGAGCUAUAUACUGUCUUGGAGGAAAGACUGAUGAUAAAAAAUGCACUAACCGAGUGUUCAUAUACAAUCCCAAGAGAGGAGACUGGCGUGAUCUUCCCCCCAUGAAAGUGGCUCGCUCUAUGUUUGGAGUGGCCGUCCAUAAAGGCAAAAUUGUGGUUGCAGGUGGUGUUACAGAAGAUGGCCUUUCAGCCUCUGUCGAAGCACUUGAUCUGACCACUAACAAAUGGGAAGUUUUUCCAGAAUUUCCACAGGAGAGAAGCUCCAUCAGUUUAGUGGCCCUGUCUGGCUCGUUGUACGCGAUUGGUGGUUUUGCUAUGGUUCAACUCGAAUCAAAGGAAUUUGCACCAAAUGAAGUUAAUGAUAUCUGGAAAUACGAUGAUGAGAAGAAAGAAUGGUGUGGUAUGCUGAAAGAAAUCCGCUAUGCCUCUGGAGCCUCUUGUCUUUCCGCUGGCCUGAAUCUGUUUAAGCUGUCAAAGCUGUAAAUCAAAAGACUGACCCAAGAUUUUCUAUGGCCUCUACUUUCGUUGCUUAAACCUACCCUGUACAGAGUUUGACAGCUAAUGUGAUUGUUUGAACUAUUAAUGUAACUGUCUCAAUUAACUUCUGUAGGUGUUCACUCCCCCAUUUUUACUAACAUUUUGAAUUUGAAGUAAAUUCUGUGUAAUACUGAAUAAAACUGAAUUUGGUUAAACAUUAGCCUGGAAAA